AUGCCUACGCCGGUGAGUACAGCCAGGCAAUGCUUGACCCCGGAAGCCGCCCACGCGCUGGACGAGGCGGUGCGGGUGGCCAAGAAGAGGCGGCACAGCCAAACGACGUCGCUUCACGCCGUCUCCUCCCUCCUGUCGCAUCCUUCCUCCGUCCUCCGCGAUGCGUGCUCACGCGCCAGGAACUCUGCUUACUCCCCUCGCCUCCAAUUCAAGGCCCUCGACCUUUGCCUGGGUGUUUCCCUCGACCGUCUCCCCUCUUCCGCCGGCGCCGCAGGCGAUGGAGACGAGGCAUCCCCGCCGGUGUCGAAUUCGCUCAUGGCGGCGAUCAAGCGGUCUCAGGCGAAUCAGAGGCGCCAGCCGGAGAAUUUCCAUUUGUAUCACAACCACCAGGUUUCCGCUCAGCAGAUCAAUAAUCAAUCGUCUUCGAUUUCGUGCGUGAAGGUGGAUCUCAGGAACCUGAUUAUGGCUAUUCUCGACGACCCGGUGGUGAGUCGGGUAUUCUCAGAUGCUGGGUUCCGGAGCUCCGACAUCAAGCUGGCCGUAUUCCGCCCCCUCGCCGUCCUCCCUCAUCUCCACCCCAGACCUCCGCCGGCGUAUUCGGAUCCGGGUCCGGGUCGGAGGGGUUUCAGCUUCCCGUUCCCCGGUUUCUCCGGGUUCUUCAGCGGCGGCGGGAGCGAGAACUUCCGGAGGAUCGGGGAGGUUUUGGGGAAAAGCAAGGGGAGGAAUCCUCUGCUUCUCGGCGUAUGCGCUUGCGAUACGCUCGCCAGCUUCAUCGAAUUACUGGAGAAGAGGACUGGAGAUAAGAGAGACGAUAGCAGCGGCGACGGCGGCGUCUUGCCCCCUGAAUUGUCCGGGUUAGCCGUGAUUCGGUUGGAGUCCGAGAUUUCCCAAUUUCUCAAUCGAAAUUCCGAUAAGGAAGCCGUCGAUUCGAGGUUCGAGGAAGUGGGUCGGUCGCUGGACCGAAAUUCCGGACCCGGGUUGGUUCUCAAUUUUGGAGAUCUGAAGCUGUUUGUGAAGGUCGACGAAGAAGAUGAAGAAGAAGCUGAUGGAAGAGUGAGUUAUGUCGUUGAGAAAUUGACGAGCAGCUUGUUGCGGGAUAAUAGUAAGCUGUGGUUGAUUGGGGCGGCGGCGAGCUACGAGACGUAUUCCAAGUUCAUGGAAAGGUUCCCUUCGGUUGCAAAGGACUGGGAUUUGCAGCUUUUGCCCAUAACUACAUCUUCUUCCAUGGCUGCUGAAUCCUCCUACCCUAAGUCCAGUUUAAUGGAGUCAUUCAUUCCAUUUGGUGGCUUCUUUUCAACGCCAGCAGAUUUCAAGGUUCCCUUAGGCAGCAGCCCUUACCCCUAUAUGACAACGCUCUCUCAUCCCUGCAACGGGCAAGAAGUUGCUGCUGUUUCAAAAGGAGUCUCAUCAGUUCCCUCGGCGGCAGAUCAGCAUGAAUCUGGCCAACAUUCAUGGUUGCGGACUGCUGAAAGUGGCACAGAGAAGGAGGGAAUGAUUAUGAAGACCAGAGAUGAUAGAGAUGUAUUGAGAUGCCGAGCUGUCAGUCUGCAGGAAAAGCAUGAUAGUAUGUGCCAUAGCCUUCAUCAACAGCAGUCACCUCCUGGUUCUGAUAUUCAUCCACCUCAAAUUCCCACCACUAUGGGCUUUCAAUUGGCUGAAGACACUCAAAGGGAAGUUUCUGAAAAUGAUUACAGCUGCUGCACAACGGCAUAUUCAAGGCCAAUCGCGGAUACGUACUCGAAACCUAGCUUAUCAUCUGCUGCUAUUGAUUCACAUCAGAUAGUGAGAAGUGAAUCAGCUGGUUGCUGUCUCCCUCUCAUUCCUACUAAUGCUACCAAUCAUAAGCCUUUGAAUGAAGAUUCAGGUGGUGCUUUCAGAUCUUCUCCACAUAGUUUAUUGUCCAAUUCAAGCACGUGUUAUGGCAGUCAGGCAUCUCCUGCUCCUGUGAUAACUGAUCUUGGACUUUGUAUAAGUUCUCCUCCUGCAGCCAAUGGCGAGCCCAUUAAUCUCAAGGAUCUUUGUCGGGUUAUCUCAGAAAGAGUCGGCUGGCAAGAUGAUGAUGCAAUAUUCUCCAUCUGCCAAACCAUAUCCGAGUUCAGGGCUAGAGAUGGGAGACCUGAUGGAGGUAGAAUGAGGGGCAAGAACAUAUGGUUCAGUUUCCUAGGACCUAACUGGCAUUGUAAGAGGAAAGUUGCAACUACGAUUGCCGAGAUGGUUUAUGGGAGCAAGGAAAACUUUAUGUAUGCAAACUUGAACCCUCAAGAUGGGAUCAAUGAUUCGAUGUUCAGGGGGAAAACUGUGGUUGAUUAUGUUGCUGGGGAGCUCUGCAAGAGGCCCAUAUCUGUUGUGUUACUUGAUAAUGUCGACAAAGCUGAUGUUCAGGUCCAGAGCAGCUUGUCUCGUGCAAUUCAAAAAGGAAGGUUCCCGGAUUCGCAUGGGAGAGAAGUUCCCAUCAGUAAUGCAAUCAUCAUUACAACUUCAACCGUAAAUGAUUAUAGCAUUCACAAAGAUUUGAGUAGAUAUUGUGAGGAGAAGGUGAUGAAAGCUAAGGGCUGGCCGAUGCUGAUAUCGAUUGAGAAAAAACAACUUGGAAGCGAGCUGAGUCUGUCAGUGAUUAGCGAUGGCAGAUCAAGCUCACCGGGACUUCCGAAUAAAAGGAAACGUGCAUACGACAAUGCAUCAACCAGGAAAGGUCUGGACUUGAACCUUCUUCCAGCCCAAGAAAAUGAUGACUUGUUGAGCAAGGAAGGCGAGAACCUGGAGAGUGAUGAUUUUGUGUGUGAUGAUCAUUCCUCUAGGGCAUGGUUACAGGGAUUCUUUGGUCAGGUCGAUAGAGUAGUGAUGUUCAAGCCUUUCGACUUUGAUGCACUCGCCACCCGAAUCUCAAAAGAAUUGAACAAGUGCUUCCACAACUUCUUUGGGCCCGAAUGUGAUCUGGAUAUCGAUCGAAGGUUCAUGGAGCAGCUGCUUGCUGCGGAGUACUUAUCAGAUAAGAAGAGGACUGUGGAUGAGUGGGUAGAGCAGGUACUGGGCCAGGAAUUCGAGGCAGUCCGGAGAAAGCACGGUGAACUGGGCAGUGACUAUAUCGUGAAACUUGUUGUUCUUGAAGAAAGGUCUGAUUUGGAAGAGCUCAAUCCAAGAGGUUACCUUCCUCCACAAGUUAUUAUCAACUGA